AUGGCAUCGCUCUGCUCCCUCUUCGUGGCCGCGCUCGCAGGCACGGCAGCAGCCGCCACGACCGGCUCGUUCAACGUGCUGUCGAUGAACGUAGCCGGCCUGCCGGCAAUUCUGCAGAACAACGACGAGACGGGCGACAAGAAGACAAACGCCGGGACGAUCGGGACCGACUUUGCCAAGUACGGCUACAACGUGAUCCACGUGCAGGAGGACUUCAACUACCACGCGUACAUCUACGCGGCCGACAACCACAAGUACCGCACAGCGACGUCGGGCGGCGCUGCCAUCGGGUCGGGGCUCAACACGCUGGCCAGCUUUGACUGGGUCGACUUUACGCGCGUCAAGUGGAACACGUGCUCGGACGCGUCCAGCAACGACUGCGAGACGCCCAAGGGCUUCACCUUUAUGCGCGUCAUCAUCGACGCCGACAGCGGCGUCUUUGCCGACUUCUACAACCUGCACGCAGAUGCCGGCACCGAGACGGGCGACGAGACGGCACGUACUGCCAAUCUCGAGCAGGUGGCCGCCUACAUCGACACCUGGAGCGUCGGCAAUGCCGUGCUCGUCUUUGGCGACACCAACAGCCGCUACACCCGUGCUGCCGACAACAUCACCGUCUUUGCUCGCCAGAACGGCCUGACCGACGCCUGGGUCCAGCUCGAGCGUGCCGGCGUGAACCCGACCGUGGAGACGCUCUGUGACAACCCGACGACGUCGAACACCUGCGAGACCGUCGACAAGGUCUUUUACCGCGGCAAUGCCGUCGUCGAUCUCAAAGCCACCUACUUCAACUACGAGAGCAAGAAGUUCCUCCAGGCCAACGGCAGCGUUCUCACCGACCACAACCCCAUCACCGUCUCGUUCGACUGGACUCUGUCCAACAGCCUGCGCCAGUCCUCCUUCUGGGGCGGCCCGCACGGCAGCUGGUUCUCCGACCUGCCUACUCUCAAGAGCCGCAUCGCUGCCGGCAAGGUGCCCAAGCCCUCCGUUUUGUCCUUUUCCGGCGCCUCCCGCCUCGAUUCCGUCGGCCUCACCCUCACCGACGGCACCGUCUUCUCCCACGGCGGUACCGGUGGCACGGCCGCCUCACUGACCCUCGGCGCUACUGAGUACUGGGUCUCGGCCGAGCUCUGCCAGGGCGAGAAGAACAGCGAGACGCGCGCCUUUUACAUCAAGGCCACCACCAGCUCCGGCAAAACUCUGACGGCCGGCACCGCUACGUCUGACUGUGCUACCUUUACCGCCCCGACUGGCUGGCAGAUUGUCGGCUUCGUCGGCCAGGAUGGUGACGAGGUGGACCAGCUGGCCUUUGUGUAUGGAAAGAAGUGA